GGAAGGGGAGGGGAGCCGUCUGCCUUCCGCUUCUGGGGCUGGAUUGACACACAAUGAGGAGCAGAGAGGCCGGGGAGACGCUCCACAAACGCCGCUGUAAAUAAUUACAACAAUCACAGAGGCCGGAGAAACAUGGAGAACCAGUGCACGGUGCAGGUGAAGCUGGAGUUGGGCCACAGAGCUCAGCUGAAGAAGAAAGUGACCUCUGAAGGCUUCACACACGACUGGAUGGUUUUCGUCAGAGGCCCAGAGACCGGCGACAUCCAGCACUUUGUAGAGAGGGUCGUCUUCCGCCUGCAUGACAGCUUCCCCAAACCCAAGAGAGUAUGCAAGGAGCCUCCAUACAAAGUGGAGGAAUCGGGAUACGCAGGCUUCAUCAUGCCUAUCGAGGUUUACUUCAAGAACAAGGAGGAGCCAAAAAAAGUCAUCUUCAACUAUGACCUGUUCCUUAACUUGGAGGGAAACCCUCCCGUUAACCACCUGCGCUGUGAGAAACUCACCUUCAACAACCCCACCAAAGAAUUCAGGAAAAAGCUCAUCAAGGCGGGAGGGAUACUGGUGGUCCCUGAGGGGGCUGAAGCUAUGUCGAGGCCCAGUCCGGACUACCCAAUGCUUCCCACCAUCCCCCUCUCAGCCUUCUCAGACCCCAAAAAGACAAAGACCUCUCAUGUAUCAAAGGAACCAAGCAAAGAAGGAAGUGGUGGCAGCAGCAAAGGACCCAAACCACACAAACUGACCAAGGAGCACCGUGAACGAUCGCGGAAAGACUCUGAGAGCAAAGGGUCGUCCAAAGGCGACGACCGAGAUGGGAGCAGCAAAAGCGGUCGCGACCCUUCCUCGUCCUCCUCUUUGAAAAAGCCGUCAGAGAUCAAAGUGAAGGACGAAGUUAAAGUUCAGCCGAAGGCGGCCUUCAAGGAGCCCAAGCUCACCCUGAAGGAGUCGAAGAUGGACGGCAUGUCCCCUAAAGGAGGGGGGGCAGGAAGCGGCGGGGGAGGCGGAGGAGGAGCGGUGGAGGCCAAAGCUCCGGGGAAACGCCCCUCCACCGUGGAGUCCCCCAAACCCAGCGUCAAGAAGCAAAAGAAAGGCAGCUCCGAUGGGCUGAAGGGGCCGACGGGCGGCGCGUUCACCGGGACGUCGCCGCGCGUCUCCUCGUCCUCGGCCGUCAGCCAGUCCUACGGCGAGAAGAAGCCUUCCAAGGAGAAAGGCCGCUGGCCGACCAAAAACAAAAACGAUGCCCAGGAGCUGAAGGAGCUCAAGAAACUUCCAGAGUCGGAGGAGUCCAAUUCAGAGGACGAAGCGUCGUCAAAGUCAGAGCAAUCAGCUGCUUCGAGUCCUUCCAACUCAACUUCCAGUUCUGACUCCAGUUCAGAUUCAGACUUUGAGCCUGGACAGAAACCAGGGCAAGGCCCGCUCAGAUCCAUGGUGGAAGAGAUCCAGUCCGAAGAGUCGGACGACGACGACAGCAGCUCAGAAGAAGAGACGCCCGUCAAAACCAACCCCCCCAACCGCGACUCUCGACUCAGCCUGGACAGCGAGAGUGACAGCAGCGACGAAUCGCACCGCCCCAGUCGAGACCCCGCCCCACCCCCACAGAAACACGGCUCGUCCAACAACAAAGUUGUCCGAAAAAGUCCAGAUUCCUCUUUUCGCUCAGAGAAGGUGAUGAAGAAGGGAUACGACAAGGUAGGAAGGGCCUACACAGAGGAGCUGGUGGACCUCCAUCGCAGACUGAUGGCAUUAAGGGAGCGAAACGUCCUGCAGCAGAUUGUCAACCUGAUCGAGGAGACCGGCCACUUUAACGUGACAAACACCACCUUUGACUUUGACCUCUUUUCAUUGGACGAGUCCACCGUCCGUAAACUACAGAGCUACCUGGAGGCGACGGCCACGUGACAGGAAGCGGCGGGGGCCGGCGUGUGGAUGUCAGCGGCAGAGGUAGCCUCGCCAUCAUGCCUGCUCUUUGCGGAAGAGACGAGCAGAAACGUCUGUCGCGGCCUUUUCACGAGAAUGACUGAAGCAUCGAACAACCACACCACGAAACAGAAACACACGAACAGUCGCAAGCACACAACACCACCUUCAUGUGACGCUGGGGAGGAAGCAGGAGGAGGAGGUGGUGGUGUGUGAGGAAACGCCGGAGCAUCUGACCUCCGUCUGGUCAGGGUUUUCACUACACACACUUCGAAUCUGUGCCGAGCUGAGGAAUUCGCCCAACAAACCCCCACCCCGUCCCUCCCUCCUGCACUUAAACCGCUCCCGCCUCUGCAAACCUAAUACUUCCCCUCCUCCUCUUCCGCCUCUCCUCCUCCUCCUCCUCCUCCACAUGCACACUCCUGUCUGAGCAGAACACUCCGGCCCCUGCAUUGUCAGCUGGAGCUCAUUUCUCUUCCAACACACUCCUGAGUUGCGUGUGAACGCCGUCCGUGAGUUUGCGCGCGACUCGUUCUGCUGAGGUUUAAGAGGACUUGUUGUCUUUGUGGUCACCGACUUCUUUGUUUAUGAAACUUGAGCACAAACAGCCGGUUGCAUUUCUACCACCAGUCACUCGCCAACAAGCACACUUU